AUUGUUAAAAUAUUUAGAAUUCCAAAAAAUUUUCAAUAAUCUCUCGAUAUUGCGUGUGUGUAUCCAUAGAAAAUCUUACAAAAAUUCACUUAGUAUGUGCGUUUGUGUCGGUUCCUUUGUGUCUCGUUAGCCGCAGACACUAGUGGUGCCUAUAAACAUAUGUAUGUAUGUAGGAAAUUGUGUGUGAUUUUAAAAUAAACGAAAUCUCUCCGAAAUAGUGUACAUAUGUAUGCUUGCACCUAUAUGUGGAACAUUUUGAAUUUCUCAUAGUUUUACUGUUGUUAUUGUUUUUGUUGUAGCUCCCAUAGUGGUUUUGAAAACUUUUUCCACAUCUGUACAUAUGUACAAAUGUAUGUACAUAAUAAAGAACUAUAUAAAAAAUGCUCUGCGUAACGUUCAUUUAACGAUAAAUUAAAUUUUAACGGUCUAUAAUAAAUAUGCACCAUUAAAGAAAAAAAAUAGAAAAUCGUGUAAUCAAAUCCUUUGUGGCCAAAAUGUCAUCUCGACGAGCCCAAUCCUUACCGCCACAUAUGUUGGACGAAAAACCGACGCGCGGAAAAUGUGUUACCGCAAUUUGUUUCUCGUGGAAAGUAAUUUCAUGUGUGGUUUCACAUGUCAUUCUCGUGCUAAUGGUAGUCUCCUAUUGCGUAGGAGGCGCGUAUCUGUUUCAGCAUCUCGAAAAGCCGCAUGAAAUCGAAGUGAAAAGGGAUAUUCUAAAUUUACGCCUGAAUUUGACCGAUAAAAUUUGGCGCUUCUCCGACAAUGCCUCCGUACUCUCCCAAAUUGAUUGGAUCGCUAAUGUGAAGAAGGAUUUAGCGGGUUUCGAGACUCAAAUAGUGACUGCAAUAAAAACGAAUGGUUGGGAUGGCGAUGAGGACGUGACGAAAUCACAAUGGACCUUUGCGGGUUCGCUAUUUUAUUCGAUUAUCGUGAUAACAACAAUAGGUUAUGGACACAUAUCACCACGCACGGACUGGGGUAAAGUAACGACCAUUUUCUAUGCAAUUGUGGGCAUCCCGCUGAUGUUGCUUUGUCUUUCCAAUAUCGGUGAUGUUAUGGCGACUUCAUUUAGAUUUAUAUAUUGGCGAGUCUGCUGCUAUGUUUGCACGCGCGCAGCACGUCGUCCACGUAGACCGCGACAACGCGGCCGCAGCCAACGGUAUACAUCACGCUCGCAACCGCCACCCAUUCGACGCUCGAUGCGUCUAACUCAGCGUUCAAUGGCCGAUUCUGGUUUUGGCAACUCUGUAGGCCUACCACAUGCAUACUCAGAUCCAGAAUUACGAGGCGGACGGUAUGAUUAUGAGGGCGGACGCAAUAGUGGCAGACGUCACCAACACAAUAGUAGCUCACAGCGUCGAGGCCAAAUACCACCUUAUCAGUAUGAGCAACAACAGUAUUAUGAUGAAGGACCGCGAUAUACACAAACUCUGAAUCGAGGUUCAAAAUUCGGACGCAGCAUACGAAAUCGGGAGAGCAUACGCGGUCGCCACACUGUCGAACGAGAGCGCUACCUCGGUCAUUCAAGCCGAUUGGGUUCCUUUGAGGAUCUACACAACUUGCCGCCACCGUCGCAUUCGAAACGCACGUACAGCAUGCGCUCUGUGCGUGCGUCAAGCGCACGGCGUGAUGUUGCACCACCACCGCAGGUGCAGGCCAGAGAAAUGCGUGAUAUGCGUGAACCUCCACGCGAGUCACGCGAAAUGCGUGAGUUCAACAGAAUGAAUCCACGUACCAUGCAACGCGGUCGCUCAGUACCGCAAGCGCCGCCCACAACACGUGCCAAAUCUGUUGAUCCACGUCUGCAUUACGAGGAUGCUGUCGACGAGGAAGUUGUACGUAAGACACCAAUCAUACCCAAUCGUUAUGCCAUUGAUGAGCUCGAUCACAAUCGCAUUGAGUCACGCGAUUAUCGUGGUAAGCACAUGCCACGGAGUCAGUCAAUGCCGCGUUCGGCUCUACUCAAAAGCAGUGGUUACAACGCACAGCACAGCAAUGGUGUUAGUUCAUAUCACUCACAUCACAAUCAACCGCGUCUUGCGUCACCACAGCCAGCAACGCCGCCGCCACAUCGACAUCACUCCGGCGGACAUCAUUCGCAUUAUGGCGAUCGCUUGGAAUUACCCGAUUUCGGUUCACCACGUAUGAACCAUCCAAAACGUGGACGCUCACCGGCGCCCAUCGACGAUUAUGACGAAGAUUUCGAUGAUUACUAUUUGGACGAUGUGUUCGAUGAGUACGACAAUCGUGAGCAGGCCUAUCAGCCACGUCACAGAGAUAGACGUUACAGGAGAGAGCGUGCCGAACGUCUACCGCCUUCACCGCGCAUAAUGUCACCGAUGGGUUUCCCCGUGAAGCGGCAAGUGCGUCGCCGUCCCAGCUAUGAUUAUGAUGACGACUCUUGCUAUGGCGAUGAUUGGAGCGAUUAUUAUGGCGACAUCUCACCCAAAGACCGUCCGGUGCCCAUUUGGUUGUGCGUCUUUUUGGUAAUCAGUUAUAUUUUGGGCGGCGCAGCACUUUUUGCCUACUGGGAGAAAUGGUCAUUCUUGGACUCAGCCUACUUUUGUUUCAUAACUUUAACCACAAUUGGUUUCGGUGACUUUGUGCCAGCGAAAGGUGUCAAGGACGAAUCGGAGCAGUCCAUUGCUUACUGUUCCUUAUACUUACUCUUCGGCAUUGCGCUGCUAGCCAUGAGCUUCAAUCUCGUGCAGGAGGAAUUCAUUUCGAAUGUUAAGGAAGUGGCGCGCCGUUUGGGCAUUUUGAAGGAUGAAGAAGAUGAUGAUUAGAAUGAGAGUUUGCUUUGUGGUAGUAAAAUUUAUUUUAUUUAUGAUUUUCGUUAUUUAUAAAUUAGCGAACGAUGCACAAAGCACAAGCAAAAUAUUUAC